GAUGACAAAAUGAGCAAUAAAAAAACCACCACUACCAAGACUAAUGACAUCACCACUAAUGACACCAUCACUAAUGAUAAUAAUGCCAUUAUGAUCAAAGGACAUCUAAUUCCAAUUGUCAAUAUAGAAGUAGAAGAAACUGAUAUGGCAAGUAAAAUUCCACUAAAGUUAAAGGCAAUUAAAGAAAAUGAUGACUAUAACAUUAAUGAAGGCAGACCCUUGGAUAAUUUUUCUGAAGAAUAUUCAGAAUGGUGUGAGAAAAAUGAUUUCAACAAGUAUAAGAAUCCUGAAUAA